CCUCCCGUGAAAGUGCAUAUUUGAGAGCGCGCACAAGAGCGAGCGCUCGCACUCCAGCUCUGCGUUCAGUUCGGCUCGGCAGAGACUAUCAAACGCUCCCGAACUUUAUCAUCACUUCUCUCUGGAAAUUUAGUGCAGCCGAACAAACCAUAAGCAGCCAUGGAUGCCAUUAAGAAGAAGAUGCAGAUGCUCAAGCUCGACAAGGAGAACGCCUUGGACAGAGCUGAGCAGGCUGAGGGGGAUAAAAAAGCAGCGGAGGACAGAAGCAAACAGUUAGAAGACGAACUAAUUCAGUUGGAAAAGAGGUUGCGCGUAGCCGAGGACGAGCGUGAUAAAGUGCAUGACGAGUAUCAAGGUGCAGAGGAAAAGCUUCUGACCGCCGAGGAAGUCGCCACCAAGCUUGAGGAUGACCUUGUAGCACUGCAAAAGAAACUGAAGGCGACCGAGGAUGAGCUGGACAAAUAUUCGGAGUCUCUUAAAGAUGCCCAGGAGAAACUGGAGCUGGCUGAGAAGAAAGCCACAGAUGCUGAGGGUGAUGUAGCAUCCUUGAAUAGACGUAUCCAGCUGGUUGAGGAGGAGCUGGAUCGUGCACAGGAGCGUCUGGCCACGGCUCUGCAGAAGCUGGAGGAGGCUGAGAAGGCGGCCGAUGAGAGUGAGAGAGGCAUGAAGGUCAUUGAGAACAGGGCUCUAAAGGAUGAGGAGAAGAUGGAACUGCAGGAGAUCCAGCUCAAGGAGGCCAAACACAUCGCUGAGGAGGCUGACCGCAAAUAUGAGGAGGUGGCCCGUAAGCUUGUGAUCGUUGAGGGUGAACUGGAGCGUACAGAGGAGCGUGCCGAGAUGUCUGAGGGCAAAUGCGCUGAGCUUGAGGAAGAGUUGAAAACUGUGACCAACAACCUGAAGUCUCUGGAAGCCCAGGCUGAGAAGUACUCACAGAAGGAAGACAAAUAUGAGGAGGAGAUCAAGGUUCUCACAGACAAACUGAAGGAGGCUGAGACCCGUGCCGAGUUUGCGGAGAGAUCAGUUGCCAAGCUUGAGAAGAGCAUUGAUGACCUUGAAGAAAAACUCUCACAUGCUAAAGAAGAGAACGUCGAUAUGAAUCAGAUGUUGGAACAGACUCUAUUGGAGCUGAAUAACAUGUGAAAAGCCUGGUCACGUAAAGAUGUCUGCAUUUUGUAAUCAUUGAGUGUUUAUUUUUCCUCCUGACAAUUAUCAGAUUGAAUAACGUGCCAUUUUGUUAUAAAGAUUUUGUUUUUCCAUGUAUUUAAUUUUUUUAAGGUAAUAUUAUGGUACGUGUUCAUUUUAUUCUGGUUAUACACAAACAAAACAAAGUUGGCAACAAUUGCACUUAAUUGUCAAUAUAUGCACCAUAACUGUUAUCAUGGACAUGGAGUUUGAAGCCAAGUUUAAAUGAAAUUGAAAGGUUUUCUUUUAAAGUGUACAUAGGAUUAGGUUGUCCUAUGUAUACUGGUGCUACUGUGAAGGCAGAUGUCUGGCAGUGUGUAACUUUUAGGUUUAUGACUUAACCAUAUACACUUUUCCAAUUUGGAUUACAUUUAUUUGUGCCAAUGUUUAGCCCUUGCCAUAAAGGGACAUCUUUACACCAGCUUAUAUUUAUUUGUGUCCCCUUAUUACUAGCUACAAAAUGUGCAGAUAUUUGCAGAUGCAUUAUUGGGUUUGCUCACGCCAAAACCCUCACAGUUCAAAAUGUCUUCAUUUUGAAUUAGAAAAUAUGGAGUCAUGUUUGGUUGUGCCUUGAUUAUUUUAGUCAUUUUAAAUGUAAGUGUAUUAAAUGUGUCAAAUAAAAUGUACAAAGCUAAAAUAAGUAUAAAUAAAACCACACAUUGACAUUUUCUAAAGCUUGGGGUCUGUUUUUGAGCUUAAAGUGAGCUGUUGGAAUGGAGCAUGCAAACCGCCAAAGUUUUGCGCUAACUAACUUAUUCACAUACAGAGCUUUUAGAUCUCCCCUCACUGAACACAACAAAUGCUAAUCAGCCCAUCUGCUUCCUGUAUUACAUUUAACAUUAGCUUCUGUUGGCUUUGUAUAUCCCAAGUUUUCUCCUGUAUGACAAAAAAGACUGAGAUUACAAACAUCUGUCUUCAAUGUUAUAUUUGUAGUGUAGGUCUGUGGAAAGAUAUUUGAAUUCUUUAGUCAUCUAACCACACUUUGGACCAUGUAGAGGUUUGAAGAUUUAGUGUAUAUGGUUAGUUGACGAGUAGCAUAUCAAUAAACUUUACCAUUAACUUG